AUGCUUCCUGGGGAUGAGCAGAACGGCGCACCGCUGCUGCCUCAGCAGCAGCAGCAACUGCAGCAACAGCAGCAACAGCUGCAGCAGCAGCAGCUGCAGCAGCAGCAGCUGCAGCAGCAGCAGCUGCAGCAGCAGCUGCUGCAGCAGCAAUCGCUACAGCAGCAACCGCUUCAGAAACAGCCCAUACAACAGCAGCAGCUGCAGCAGCAACACUUGCUGCAGCAGCCCAUCCAGAAUGUGCAGCAGCAGCAGCUGCAGCAGCAGCAGCUGCAGCAGCAGCAGUUACAGCAGCAUCAGCUGCAACAGCAGCAGCUACAGCAGCAGCAGCUGCAGCAGCAGCAGUUACGACAUCAACUGCAGCAGGCAGUUACAGCAGCAUCAGCUGCAACAGCAGCAGCUACAGCAGCAGCAGCUGCAGCAGCAGCAGUUACAGCGACAUCUGCAGCAAGCCCCGCAGCAGAUUCUCAGUCCUCAUCCGCAGCAGCACAUGCAGCAACAACAGCUGCAGCAACAGCAACUGCAGCAGCAGCAGCUGCAGCAGCAGCAACUGCAGCAGCAGUUUUUGCAACAGCAGCAACUGCAGCAGACAGCGAUGCACGGUCCGCAGCCUCAGCUGCUGCUUACUCAGCAGCAGCAGCAGCAGAUGCAGCAGCAGCAGCAGAUGCAGCAGCAGCAGCAAAUGCAGCAGCACCAGCAGCAAAUGCAGCAGCAGCAGCAGCUCCUGCAACAGCAACGUCUACGUGCGGCACAGCAGCAGCACCUACAGCAGCAGGUGAAGCAGCAGCAGCACCUGCAGCAGCAGCAGCAGUAUAUGGGUGGGCUCCCUAUGGGACUGCAGCAGCAGCAGCAGCAGGGUAUGAUAAGUCCGCAGCAGCAGCAGCAGCAGCAGCAGCAGCAGCUGCAGCAGCAACAGCUCCUCUCUCUCUCAAUUCUGCUGCUUUGGGGCCCCCCUCCUUCGAUGCCCAGUCUGUCCCUGUGGGGCCCCCUGUAUCUCACCCCAGCAGCAGCAGCAGCAGCAGCAGCAGCAGCAGCGGCAGCAGCAGCAGCAGCAGCAGCAAUGCAGUUGACAGAGGGGUACCGGGGGGCCCCCGCACCUCCCCCCGCACUCGGGCGUCUCAAACCUUCGUGAGGUCGGGGGCCCCCAUUCGUGCUGCUUCUGUUUCAGCAGCAAUAGCAGCAGCAACAGCAGCAGCAGCAGCAGCUGCUGCUGCUCCUGCUGCAGCAACUAGCCCUGGGGCAAAGGAUAGUCCUAUGGGGUCCCGCCAGCAGCAGCAGCAGCAGGGUAUGAUAAGUCCGCAGCAGCAGCAGCAGCAGCAGCAGCUGCAGCAGCAACAGGUAUACAUGCGGCCGUUGGCCCAAUCCCCAACUCCUCUCUCUCUCAAUUCUGCUGCUUUGGGGCCCCCCUCCUUCGAUUCCCAGUCUGUCCCGGUGGGGCCCCCUGUCUCUCACCCCAGCAGCAGCAGCAGCAGCAGCAGCAGCAGCAGCGGCAGCAGCAGCAGCAGCAGCAGCAACGCAGUUGACAGAGGGGUACCGGGGGGCCCCCGCACCUCCCCCCGCACACGGGCGUCUCAAACCUUCGUGAGGUCGGGGGCCCCCAUUCGUGCUGCUUCUGUUUCAGCAGCAAUAGCAGCAGCAACAGCAGCAGCAGCAGCAGCUGCUGCUGCUCCUGCUGCAGCAACUAGCCCUGGGGCAAAGGAAAGCCCCAUGGGGUCCCGCCAGGUGCAGCAGCAGCAUCAACAGCAGCAGCGUCACCAGCAUCAGCGGCAUCAGCAGCAGCAGCGUCAUCGGCAGCAGCAACAGCAGCAACAGCAGCAGCAACAGCAGCAGCAGCAGCAGCAGCAGCAGCAAGAGCCGCCGCUUAGACGCCUCAUCAUGGCCAGAAGGGCACGCAUGCGUCUGAACCCUAUACUGCGCUACCUGCAGGGCCCCAUGAGGGCCCCCAGCCCCUGCCGGGGGGCCCCCCCGUCGACGGGGGGCCCCCCGUCUCAGCCUGCGGACCCUUGUGAGGCGAAUGAGGUACCUGAAGAGGCCCCAUCUGCUGCUGCUGCUGCUGCGUCCUCUGCUGCUGCUGCUGCUGCUGCGCCGUCUGCUGCUGCUGCUGCUGCAGCAGCAGAAGAAACACCCGUUAUACGAGGCUGCGCAACGCCCAUAGAAAUUGAGAGAUAUUAUGAGACUGCAGCAGCAGCAUCAGCAGCAGGAGCAGGAGCAGCAGCAGCAGCAGCAGCAGGAGCAGCAGCCGCUGCAGCAGCAGCAGCAGCAGCAGCAGCGACGGGUAGCAUACCGGGUGAAUCAGCAUCAGCAACAGCAGCAGCAGCAGCAGCAGAUAAAGCAGGACUCAAUGCUGCUGCUGCUUCUGUUAAGGAUGAUUCGCUGCAGUGGUGCGUGCAGCAGAUACAGCAGGUGCUGCAGCAGCACCCCGAAGCAGCAGCAACAGCAGCAAGACUCAGAGGCAAUCGCCCCAUGCUGCACCAGGCCAUCCUAGCGCAUGCAGCAGCAGAAGCAGGUGGCUGCGGCUACCCCUUGGGGGGGGCCCCCACUACCCCGGGGGCCCCCGGAACCCCUGCGGGCUCCGCAGGGGCCCCGGGGGGCCCCGGGGCCCCCGGGGCCCCGGGGGCCCCCGGGGGGCCCCCCCGUGAAGGUGUUGGCCGGUGGCUUGAUGUAGAGAUGGUUCCACCACCCCCAGAACUAGAAGAGGUACUGGUGAUCAUUGCUGCUGCUGUCAAAGUCUACAUAGCAGAACUAGAAGAGGUACUGGUGAUCAUUGCUGCUGCUGUCAAAGUCUACAUCGCAGCGAUGCGGUAUUCGCGGCUGUGGCUCAGCGAGACUGUCGCUGUUGCUGCUGUUGCUGCUGCUGCUGCUGCUGCAGCAACAGUAGCAGCAGCAACAGCAGCAGCAACAGCAGCAGCAACAGCAGCAGCAACAGCUGCUUAG